AUGCAACUAGCGUUUCUGGAUGUUAAAACCGCGUUGGACUCUCCUCACCGAGGCCAUCUUCUCAACGCACUUCGCGCCGAUGGAGUACCAGGAAAGUUCGUUCGCUUGCUUGCUGACAUGAAUCAACGAACAACUGCUGCAAUUCGAACACCAGCCGGAUGUACAACACAGUUUGAAGUGGUAACUGGAGCAAGACAAGGGGCAGUGGCAGGACCCUUCCUGUUCAACUUCUCAACUGACGACAUUAUGCGAAGAACAGUCGACCAGUGUCCUGCCGACAUUGUCUCAGCACCAUCUGGGUGCCCCUUGACUGACCUCGAGUACGCCGACGAUGUUAUAUUCGCGAAAAGCAGUACGAAACUUGUUGUCAACCUUGUAUCGGAGCUGGCUGCAGCCUAUGGACUACGCCUACGCCCUGAUAAAUGCAAACAGAUGUGGAUCUCUUCGAGACCUCGAACGGGAGUUAGGGUGGAAGGACAACUGAUAGAACUCGUCGAUGAGUUCUGUUACCUAGGUUGUACGCUGAAGAACAAUGGCAGCUAUAAGAGAGAUGUUCAGCAAAGAUGCGCUAAGGCCACUUCUGCAUUUAACUCCUUAACGAAAUGCCUGUGGUCGACCCCCAUCACCAACGAAGUCAAGCUGCGCGUCUACCUAUCCGCAAUUCGCCCCAUCAUGAUGUACGGAUCGGAGACUUGGGCAGCACCAUCAACGGUUAAGGAGAGGUUUGACUGUACGGAACGGAAGCUGCUUAGACGGCUACUUGGCUACUUUUGGCCUAGGGUAUGUCACAAUGAAGAUCUUUACGCAGAAAUUGAUGUGGCAUACCGGCGGAUGACACGUCGAAAACAUCAACAUCCACCGCCAUCGAAAGUGAUUAAAGUAAAUCGUCUUCGCUUCUUUGGUUAUAUAUUAAGGAGAUCGGCAGAUCGCCUUGUUCAACGAGUUCUGAAGAGUUCGUCGGGUUCGAGUUGGAAGAAGCCACCUGGCCGAAAACGGAAGUUCUGGACUGAGGCGGUGAAAGAGGACCUGAGGACACUCGGCGUGGAUAGGCAGGUCAGGCGAGACGUAAGGUUUCACAGAGUAUGGAAUAGCGACGAAUGGACUGAUUCUGUGCAACAUUCUCGCAGAAGACCGAGAAGGUUGGGCAGAGCUGUGUUCAAGGACGGCACACCUCGGCGAAGAUGCGGGUAA